CUACUCAAACGGCAUUUUAUAAAAAAGCUGUCAAAUCAGCCAGUGUCAAAAUUGUUUUCCUUUGAUUUUAUUCCGAAUUUAAAUAUUUAAAGAGCAAAAUGUCUCUUUCUCCAUUCCUCCGCACACCAAUGACGGACUUGACUGGUGGCAUGAUUUCCCACCAGCUGCAAGGCCGCUGCCAGAAAGAGGAGAUGAGGUACAUGGACUGUUUGGAGGCUUACGGCCUGGAUCGCGGGGAGAGCAAGUGUAAAGUCCUGUAUGAGGACUUUCAUGAAUGUCAUACUUUAUCCAAGCAGUUCAAGAGGUUCUUCGCUAUGAGAACAGAAAGAGAAAAGCAGAUCUCGGAAGGAAAACUCACUGGUGACAACAAGUAUGUUACUCCCAAAAUAGACAGCUUCUAAACAUCCUCUAGUAAAUUUGUAAAUCUAUCCAAAUCAUUGUAAUGGUCAUGUAAGUGUAAUUAAAUAAAGUACUAACAAAAC